AUGGAUGAUAUAAAUAACAUCAGAACAUUAUGUGCAGACAUGGUCCAAAAAGCCCGUAGCGGGCAUCCUGGGGCUCCUCUGGGUCUGGCGCCGUUUGUUUAUACUCUAUACACAGAGUUUAUAAACUUCGACCCUGAUGACGAGAAGUGGAUAGGUAGGGAUAUAUUUCUACUAUCAAACGGCCAUGCAUGUGCCCUUCAGUAUGCUAUGAACUAUCUCAUAGGAUAUUUAAACAUGGAGGACUUAAUGAGUUUCAGACAGGUUGGCGGAAGAACUCCUGGACAUCCUGAAAGAAAGUAUCCAGGAAUCGAGUCGAGCACCGGGCCACUGGGCCAAGGACUAGCAAAUGCUGUUGGAUUUGCAAUAUCAUUGAAGAAACUUAGGCAUCUCGGACUCUCCAAUCGUGUAUAUUGUAUAUUUGGAGAUGGGUGCUAUCAAGAAGGAAUAGGGCAGGAGUCGUUUUCACUAGCUGCAAACCUCAAGCUGGACAACAUAGUCUUCAUAUAUGAUUUCAACAAGACAACAAUAGAUGGGCCAACAUCUCUCUCUAUGAACGAAAAUGUAAUCCAAAGGUUCCUGAGUCUUGGAUUCGAGGUUGAACUUGCCAAUGGCGAUGAUCUGGAUGGAAUAAGAAAGGCACUAAAUAAAAAGGUUACAAAGCCCAUGGUCAUCAUAUUGGAAACUGUUAUUGGACGCGGAAGUAUUGUGGAAGGAAGUUGUAAGGCCCAUGGAUCACCUUUGGGUGAAGACGGUGUAAGAAAACUUAAAGAAAAGUUCGGAAUUCCGGAAGUGGAUUUCUACGUCUCUCCUUCAUUGUUAGAAAAAUUCAGGAGUCUUAAGGAGAAAAAGCGGAAAAUAAGAGAUGAAUGGAACAGAAAAGGAAUCAAGGUACCGACCAUUCAAGAACAUCUCGAAGAGCUGAAGAAAAUAGACACUCCUUACAAGUCCAUAUACAAACCAGAAGGAACACAAAAAGCUACAAGAAAACACUUUUCAGAGGCUCUAAAGGAUCUUAAAGAAACCUCCUAUCUUAUCGGGGGUGCUGCCGACUUGCAAUCUUCAGUCCUAACAAAAAUAGGAAAAGAAGACUUGAAUGCAGAAAACUAUAGCGGAGGAUACAUCAACUUUGGAAUUCGAGAACAUAGUAUGUGUGGAAUAAUUAAUGGAAUCGCAUCCCACGGAUAUUUCCUUCCAUAUACGGGAACUUUCCUAAAUUUCAUUUCAUAUGGGUUUCCAUCGGUCAGAAUUGGAUGCAUGGAUAACCUGAACCUCUUUUAUGUAUUAACCCAUGAUUCCAUAGGUCUUGGCGAAGACGGACCAACACACCAACCAAUUGAAGUUUUGGCUACCCUAAGAGCAACGCCAAAUCUUCUCACAAUGAGACCAUGCGACGGAACAGAGGUUAGGGCAUCACUAUAUCUUGCAUUGAUCAGGGAGGGACCAAAAGCAGUGAUUUUAUCAAGGCAAAACGUUCCAGAAAUUCCUCACUCUAGUAUGGAAAAGGCCAAAAAAGGUGCAUAUUAUCUUCUUGAGGUUGAAAACCCAGACCUUAUCCUUCUUGCGACAGGAUCCGAAGUUCAGUUAUGUUAUGAAGUGGCCAAGACCUUGUCCGAACUCAAAAUUUCCAUCGUAUCAUUCUUUUCUUGGGAGUUGUUUGAAGAGCAAGAAGAAGAAUACAAGAGAUGUAUUCUUAAAGAUGUUCCAAAGAUUAGUAUCGAGGCCCUGAGUACAUUUGGAUGGUCCAAGUACUCUGACUUUCAGAUUGGAGUAGAUACCUUUGGCAUGAGUGGGCCUUGGAAGGACGUUUAUAACCACUUCGGAUUGAAUUGUAAAGAAAUCUCUAGAAAAAUAGUUGACUUCCUUAAUAAAUAG